CGCCCGAUUGUGUGUAUCGCGCAUGGUUGUGUGUUGUACGGAAACAAUCGGUAUUGGGCAACGGUUCGACCUGCACUUUCCACGAUCGUCAAUCCAUCUUCCAGUGAUCAGUCCAGGUCAUGGUUGUAAUAAACAACAGAGAUGAUUAUUUACCAUUCCUGAAAGCGCCAGGAGUAAGAAUGCAAACUCCGCUAGUGAACAGCGUGACAACGACCACAGCCACAUUGAACCGCGACGUUGCAGCACAGGUGUAUCAGCAGCAGCAACAACAGCAACAGCAACAGCCACUCGGCAACAUCAAUAACAAUAAUAAUAAUAAUACCAAUAACAACAACAACACGCUUAUCAACAGCAGCAACAACAACAACAUAAGUGUAAACAGUGUUGCCGGUGGCGGAGGUGGCCCACUGAACGCGAACAACAACAACAACAACAAUAACACCAUUAACAACAACAAUGGUCAGCCGCAGGUCGCGCGGGCGCUGCUCAUCUGUCGGCCCAAUUCGCAUCCGUUCAAUAAUCGAACUCUUUACCUUGAGCCGGGAGCCCAAGCUAAGGUAGGACGAUCGGUGGCACGCAUUCGCGUUUCGGAGAACAACGCCAUCUUCGACUGUAAGGUGCUGUCGCGGAACCAUGCGGUGUUGUGGUACAAGGAUGGCCGCUUCUUUAUUAAGGACACGGGCAGCAGCAAUGGGACGUUCAUCAACAAUCUGCGGCUCAGCCAAACGUGCACCGAGUCGGAACCGUUCGAAAUUAGUUCGGGCGAUAUCGUCCAGUUCGGGGUGGACGUCAUGGAGAACACGCGCCGGGAAACGCACGGUUGCAUUACGGCCACCCUCAAGCUCUUCCUGCCGGACGGCCGCGAGACGAAAGCGAGUCAGAAGGUGGGUAUCGGUGGCCAGAGUGCCAUCAUACCACCGGUGGACCUGUACCGCUUGAACCAGUACAUCCAGGAGGCGAACCAACGCGAGCAGAUCCUGGAAACAAAGCUGAUCAGCUUGCAGAAAAUGGUUGAAUCGACCAAACAACAUUCAUCCCUCGGCUGGCAAGCGAUGAUCGACGAAGAUCGGUUGCUGAGCCGGAUCGAUAUGCUGGAGAAAAAGUUACAGUACUGUCAGAAGAACGUGUCCGAGGACAAGCUGCGCGAAGAGAUGCUGAAAUUGCAGGACGAGAAGCAUCAGUAUCAGAACUCGGCCAAGGAGGCAAUGUACAAGCUCCACCAGGAUCGGCUCGACGCCGUACACAAGCAGAUCUCGCUGGAGAAGGCGCUCUGCACGAGCGAGGACGAGUGCUCGUUGUUGCGAGAGCAGCUCAACAAAACCAAGCAACAGUUGCAGGAAAUCACUGUCUGCAUGGACACACUGAAAAGCCAGUACGAUGAGAAGGUCGCCUCCAGCGAGGAACAGCUGAAGGCGAAAGAGUCAGAAAUUACGAGUCUCACGCACAAGCUGGACCACUUUGUUGAUGUCUAUGCGGUUGGUUCUUCGGACGACGAGCAACAACAGCACCAGCACCAGCAGAUACACAGCUCCGCAAUGUCAAACUGGCUGAAAAACUCGGAUAUUAAAAAAAUGGAAGGAUCGGAAGACAUAAUUAAGGCCAUUUGCAACGAUACCGAGACCGAUAUUACUAGCAAUGAGUACACCGCAGGACUGACGAAGCUUCAACGGCGCAUCAACACGUUCGAGAAAAACUUUAGCCUACUUUUCGGCACCGAUCUGAAAGCGGAAAAUGAAGCUGCCGACGAUGUGAACGAAGCCCAGAACGAUCCAACAGAAUCGAGUGCACUGACGGGGACAAACGUUGCAACGGUCAAGAUGCUACCGGAACCGAUGGCUGACAAGGAUGGUGAACCUGAGGAACCCAGUGCGGACAAAAACAAAGAAUGCGAUGGCAAUCAGAAUGAUGUGUCCGGCAGUAACAUCGGGGACGACGGUGACAGCGAUAGCACCAGCAAUAACAGCAGCACUACCGACACGUCCAGUGUCUCACAGGAAGAGCAACCGAUGGGCGAAGAGCUAGAGAAAGCGUCUGAGGAGGCAAUGGUUGGGAAAGGCCUAACCGGCGGUGGUGGAGUGCCAGCCCCUCCGUACGGAGAUACGGCGGCGCCGCUGAAUCAAAAUGUGAUGCGACGCAAUAUUCGCCAGAUCAAAAACGACUGCAUGGCACUGCUGCGUCAGGCGGAGAAGACCAUGCAACAGAAGCAAUCGGAGCAGUCGAUACAGAAGGCCAAAUAUGACGAACUGGAGACGGAGCUACUGGCAUUUAAGGCUGAACUGGAAUGUCGUCCGAAACAGGAGGAACUUGACAAGAAGCAGCACGUUUGCGACGGUCUCGCGGCAAGUCUUAAUACGUUGCGCUUCGAGGUGGACGAGUUGCGCAUCAUGAACGAUCGCUGCCAGCUAGAGAUGGAACGGAUGGAGCUGGAGUUGCUCAACCAUAAAAACACCGAGAACUCAGCAUCGAUUGCUACUGUGGACGCCGCACCCUUGGUGUCAGCGGUCGUGGAGUCAGCGCAAGACGAGUGUCAGGCGGAAGCUAUGAGGCAGUCGAACUCGGAGUUGUUGACGAUGAUGCCGCAAACCCUGUUGGUUGUGACGGACAGUGCUCCGGUGGCCGAAAUGCCAUCUCCGGUCACGAUACCCAUGAUACCAAUGGUUGACGUGGAAACGCAAACCGAUGGCGACGAAGUGCGGUCAACACUGGACCAGCGACCAGUAAUACCUCUUGACGAUACGGUCGAUGUGAGUGAUUUAUCGUCGAUCGGUUCCAAUCUGGAUCUGGAAGACGACGAAGAUGAUGACGACGACGACGACGACAAGACGGAAACAAUAGACACAACGGCGAUCUUCAACGGUCCGUCAAAUAGAGCACAGAACGAGCCUCCGCGGACAACGACGGAUGAAGACUCCAUUGCGAAACCGUUGACGGAGGCGAACGGUAGAAACGCUUCCUUGGUGCAGGCGGCCUCCACUCGUGACGAUGCAAGCUGUACUAUGAAAGCCGUAGAGGCUGCCGGGGAUCUCGAUUACGAGCUGGCCAUCAUUAACCAUCCGGACGUGCAGCGGGAGGAGGAGUUGAUCGUCUUCAAAGAAAAGUAUGCGCACCUAAGCGAGGAGAACGUCCGAUUGAAUCAGCAGCUGCAGCGGCUGAGCAGCGAGAUGAGCCAGUUCCGGCACUGGUCCGUCCUCCAGCUGCUCAUGUACAUGGCACCGAUCGUGGCCAUCUUCGGUUACAUUAUGUUGAAUCGAACGUAAUUUUGAUGGCGCAGAAUGGCGAGAGGGAUUGUGGGAGAUAGCGAAAACAAAAUUUAUCAUCCGGUUAUGUGCAAAAUCCUGUGUGCGAAAAUUAAGCAAAAUGCGGGGUCUAAACACGCGUUUUUUCGUUCCUUGCAGAAACAGUAAGGCAUACUGUUUAUUACUUUUCGUUUCCUUUAGUUUUGUUUCUCUUUGUAGCACGUUUAUUUAUUAAUCUGUAUCGUCCACACGCGCGCACCGUACGCAGUCUGCAGUGUUUUCGACGCAUUUCGGUUCAGGUGUAUGAAACAAGAUAGAAGGCGCGAUAAGGGUGUGUAGCUUUAAUCUCAAAACAAGACGAAAAAUUGCAAACAAAAAUCAGAAAGUGGUUCGAAUGCCGUGGUUUCCGUAGAAUCUCAUCUUGUCGCACCAACCACGAAUCCGCGAAUCCGCAUGGCUCCUGCGCCAUUCAUUGCUCAUUCGUGGCCCUUUCACCCCGAAACUUUUCUUGUGUCACGUGUUUCGCUGUUCGUUUAAAUCUCACCUUAGCUUCAUCAUCUCACAACCACCGUCACCCGGCAAAUGUACAUGUAGCGCCAAUACUGUAUUUAUUAACAAUUAAUCGCGAAGCAAAGACAUUUUAUCGGCAAUAUUGUGUGUGGGGCUUUGCGAAUACUUACACAGUUGCGGUGGAACGGCGAAAUUUUGCAACGAAUCGAUAAUAAUAUUACUAAACCGAAGUCCCCAUAGGCCGCAAAGGACCGACGAAACACUAGAGAAGGUUGCAUAGAUGUGAAUAGUGGAACUUGGCCGGAUGACCGUCACCAGCUACACACCCCAGUGAUGUUGAGAGCAAUAGGGGUCCAGGGGCGUAAGCGAACUAACGUGUGUGAUUGUGAAGACGAAUGAAUGUGAAGUCCCCGGCGUGAAUGUGAUCGGCAGAUGAACUAAGCGAAAGCCCUAAGCAAAUGGUUAUCAACGGUGGAUUUGGUUGGGGAAAGGUUGUAAAGUUCGGAUAGGUUCGGAUUCCGAUUUACGGUGGAGAACUAACACUCUUUCCGCGCAGCUUCCGCAAACUUUUCUCUCGUCCGCUACAACGCAACAGUUUUCUAUCGCGAGGCCGUUUUGGGUUUUUGUUUCCGCCAUUUACUCUCACGCGCACGCCAGAUCGUUGGCUAGGCUAGCUUUUAUAUGAUGAAUCUAUAAUCUAUAAUCCUUAUAGUGGUGAUAAUAAUCCGGCGAACCGAAGCACACUGACCACAUACCGCUACCCGACCCGACUUACCAGACCGAGACGAGCUCUGAGUACUGGCACACCAAGUGUGUCACGCAUUACACAAACCCAUGGCACACGGAAGUGAACGAGAAUCGGAAUAAAUACGCUGCAAGUUAUCGGAAUGUAUAGAUUUUCACAAUGCGCACCCCGCAUGGUGCGGCCAUCGGGAAUGUAAAGUACAAAAACAAUCACAAGAAAAGGAACACCGUACGGCGCGCAAGAAAUGGAACUACGACCGGGAACUAAAAGGUGGAGACGAGAGUUGCCGACGGCAACAGACGACGAAGCUGGACGAUCACGAUGUGAUUUCGAUUCGAAAUAAGUAGCACGAAAAAAGGGUAGAAAGAGAGAGAGAGGUCAGUAGGUGCAAAAGCUGUGCAGGCCACGGGGUUGCCCCACAAAAUGGCGCAUUUGAAGACGCUUGAGUUAUGUAUUAUAUAGUAAAAAAAAACACAAAAGAAAAGCGAACGGACACAACGCUGUGAAGAGCGUGUGUGCUAACGCCGGAACUCGAAAGGUAGCAAAAUGCAUGAUAAACACGAAAUGAACAGAAACUUGACGAAGGACAGCAAACAACUAAAUGAAAUACAAGAAGAAUAAAAGCGAUAAAACUAUGAUAUACACAAAAGA